GCGGCGGCGACGGCGGCAGCGUCGGCGGGCAUUCCGGUUUCGGUUGUAGUCACUUGAUCGCGCGUACGUUCGUGUCGUCGUCGCGCCGUCGAUUGCAUUGCGUACGCGUAUCUGCCGGGUGUCAACAUUAAGUUGCAUCGCGGCUGACGUUUCGCCGCUGCUCGUCCGCCGACACUUUCGCGUCUGUCUUUGUUUCUCUUUAAUCUUCGUGUCUUUCAUCGCGCGAAUCCUGCGACUAAUCACGCGACCGCGACAUUGGACCAUUUCCGAUCGUUGACCAUGGCAUCGGCUGUGGACUACUAUGACGGCUUUCGCACCUUCUCCUGGCUCGCGGAUUUCAUAGGAUUACCGAUCGACCAGGCAGGCAAUUCAUCUUGCUGCUCUGCCCGCACUGUGUUACAUAGCGAUGCGCACACAGAAUCCCCGUAAUAUGCAGAGGGUCGUCCUCGCAAUAGCGUUGAUCUACUUAUCGUGCAUUCACUGUCACCGGCAGAUCUACGAUUACGGGUCGUAUACACUCGACAUCACCGGUCCUCUCAUGGUCAUAACGCAGAAAGUAACUAGUCUAGCGUUCAGCAUUCACGACGGGCUCACGCGACGCGAAGAGGAACUGACACCGAUGCAGCGUCAUCAGGCUGUACAAAAAAUGCCAACAACUUUGGAAUACUUCAGCUAUGUCUUUCAUUUUCAAGCUCUGAUGGCUGGCCCAGUGAUAUUUUAUCGUGACUACAUCGAUUUUAUACACGGACAUCAUAUGCCGGGUGCAAAAUCUCUGGUUGGUUUUUAUGACAAAAAGAAUGAAAUGUCUGAAAUCGUGAUGGAACCAUCUCCGACGCUAGUCGUGGUAAAGAAAAUCGUAGCGAGUUUAAUAUGCGCCGCUAUAUUUAUCACGUUUAUUCCAAUCUACCCAAUACAACGAAUGAAAGAGGACGAAUUCCUGAAGAACACAACUGCCAUUUACAAAAUAUGGUAUUUAAUAUUAACGACCAUGUUCGUACGUUUUAAGUAUUAUUACGCUUGGAUAUUUGCCGAUGCCAUAUGCAACAAUUCCGGCUUUGGGUUCAAUGGAUACGACGAGGGCGGCAAUGCGCGCUGGGACGCAGCGUCCAACAUUGACGUUUACAAAUUCGAGAUGUCGCUCAAUUUUAAGGGCAGCGUUGAACAUUGGAACAAACGCACAAAUCUGUGGCUGCGAUUAUUAGCAUAUGAGCGAGUCAGUAACAACAAAAUAUUUUACACAUAUUUCCUCUCCGCUCUCUGGCACGGUUUUUAUCCUGGCUAUUACCUCACAUUCGCCAGUGGAGCAUUCUUCACUGUUGCAGCGCGUGUGGUUCGCCGUUACGUUCGUCCGUUCUUCCUGGAGUCUGAACGAAAGCAGACCUUUUAUGACGUAUUAACAUUCACCAGUACGAGGAUUGUAAUGGCCUACACAACGUUCAGCUUUGUAUUAUUAGAGUUCGUGCCAAGCAUCAAAGUGUACCUGUAUUUGUACCUGUUCCCGCAUUUAUUGGGUUUGAUCGCGAUAAUUCUUCUACCCCGUUUGGGACUGUCAAAAAAAACGCACAAACCGGCUGCGAAAGCUGAAACCGACCACUCCGUAGCAGCCAGCAACGGAAAUGUACACAAAACGAUGUAGUUCCCGACGCGACGUUACCGCGACUUACGAAAGACAAAUAUUUUUUAUGAACGUUUUCAAUAUAUACAUAUAAUGUAUAUAUAUACAUAUAUAUGUAUAUGUAUGUAUAAUUUAUAACAUAUAAUAUUAUAUUAUGUAUUAUAAUAUAAAUUAUAGUUAUAUUUAUAAUUUAUUAUACAUAUAUGUACAUAUAUAAAUGUAUCUGUAUAACAAUAUUUCUUGUUACAACGUAUUACAGAUGUGAAAGUUUAUCUAUAAUGUACGACGCGUAUUCGUGUAGAAUAUGAUUAUUAUCGAAACCGCGCGCGAUGUAUCAUUUUUAUAUAACAUGAAACAAAUUUUAUAAUUCGCCUAAAUAUAUAGCCGUUUUAUCUACGUCAA